AUGGCUCAUGUUACUUACACUGGCAGGGGACACAACAACUCUGCAGAUCUAGAGCUUAUCACUUCAGCUAGUGAUGAUACUGUAGGAGAAGACACAAGCAUGGAAGGAUAUAGUAACAGUGGGAAAGCAAAUAGAGAUGCAGUUAGUUUAUUGAUGGAAUCCAUCCAGAAAGACCUUAAAGAUGUGCCAACCUUGUCUCCCAAUUGCAGCAUAUUCCGAGUUCACACGCCAGUGCGCAAAGUAAAACCUGAAGCUUACACACCUCGCAUGGUUUCAAUCGGCCCUUUUCACCGCUCUGACAAACAAUUACAGCCCAUGGAAGCACAAAAGUUGCGGUAUCUAAAUGAUUUUCUCAGCCGGGAAUCUCAGGCAACUUUGGGCGAUUAUGUUAAGGCUAUGACAGAGUUGGAAGAUAGAGCUCGGAGAUGUUACUCGGAAAUCAUCCAAGUCAAAUCUGAAAAUGAAUUUGUGAAAAUGAUGCUAAUUGAUGGCUGUUUCAUACUUGAACUCAUCCUUAGGACUAAUUAUGAGCCCAUACGCCGUGAGGAUCCGAUAUUGAAUGCGACAUGGGUGUCUCACAUUAUAAAAUGCGACCUGAUUCUGCUUGAAAAUCAACUUCCCUUCUUUGUUCUUGAGCGUCUAUACAAUCUAAACACAGGGAAUUCUCAAUAUUCCAAUAGUCCAAUUGGUACACUCAUCUCCAAUUUCUUCCAAGAUUUUUUGCCACAUGAAGGCUCACCACAACCCCAAAGCAAUAAUAUCUCCGGAAGAUCUCGAUUACGAUGCUUUUCUGAAGUACCAAAGAAUGUCUUUGAUUUUAUCAUCUCUGUUGUCACAAUUAGGAGGUUGGUAAAGAAAGAUCAGGUAGAGGGAGUAGUCAAACCGUUACUCGAGGAGGAGGAAGCCACAAUCAAAGAUGAAGACACUCCAGCAGCAGUAGAAGAACCAAAGCAUUUGCUAGAUUCUGUACGAGAUUUGCUCCUCAAAUCAUUCUCAGGGACGCAAAUGAGUCCUGGAGCAUUUAGGCGCACUCAUAGUGCAACAGAGCUCAAGGAGGCCAGUGUCAAGUUUGAGAGGGAGCCCAAUACAUGCUUGUUUAACAUAACAUUCACCAAUGGAGUGUUGAAAAUUCCAACUAUGAAAAUUGAGGAUUGGACGGAAUCUUUACUUAGAAACCUCAUCGCCUUUGAGCAAUAUCGUGAUGGUAAUAAUUACAUCACAGAUUAUGCUGCCUUCAUCGAUGGCCUCAUCAACUCUCCCAAGGAUGUCGAGUUACUUGAGAAAAAGGGAAUUAUUGAGAGCUUGCUUGGUGAACCAAAAGAGGUGGCUGCCUUAUUUAACGGUCUUCUCAAAGAGGUUACUAUAAUGAUAGAUCAGUAUUACUUCUCCAGUGUUUGCCAUGAUUUGGACAAAUAUUAUAAGAUCCCAAAGCACAAAUGGAAGGCAAGUUUGAUGCGUGACUAUUGUAACACUCCAUGGGCAUUCAUUUCAUUCCUUGCUGCAUUAUUUCUCCUCAUCUUGACCGUGGUACAGACCAUUUUUUCCAUCCUACAAGUCACAAUGUGA